GCAUGACAUACAUACUCGGAAGUUGAUUUUAGAGCUGUAAAAAAAAUAAAACAACGGGUACGACGAACGCAUUUUUUCUGUAUCUUAUACCCUGCCUUAUACAGCAUAGUGUAUAAUGUCUGAAUUGAAACAACAACAGCAAGUUGGUUCCAAUCAUCCUCUAGAGCAGUUCAUCUUAUUGGCCAAGUCCGCUAAAGGUGCUGCUGUAGUUGCGCUUAUUAAGCAGGUAUUGGAAGCUCCUGGUGUAUAUGUGUUUGGUGAACUACUUGAAAUGCCACAUAUACAAGAGUUGGCGGAUGGUCCCAAUGCGUCAUAUUUGAAUGUGUUGAAUUUAUUUGCGUUUGGUACAUAUAAUGAAUACAUAGCUACUACGUCUAAAUAUCCUGAGUUGACCGUUGUACAGAAAGCAAAGUUACGUCAUCUUACCAUCGUAUCACUUGCUGCAAAAACUAAGUGUAUCUCAUACUCUAUACUUCUUAAAGAACUGGAUUUGAAAAAUGUCCGUGAAUUGGAGGAUUUAAUCAUUGAUUGUAUUUACGCUGAUGUAAUCCGUGCUAAGCUUGAUCAAAACAAUCAACAAUUGGAAGUAGAUUACGCCAUCGGUAGAGACAUUAGACCUGAAAAUAUUUCUCAUAUUGUUAAAGUUCUCGGUGAAUGGUGUGAUGGAUGUGAGACGGUGCUCAGCGGGAUAGAACAACAAAUAACGCAUGCCAAUACGUAUAAAGAAAACUGUAUUAAAACAAAGCAAAGAAUUGAAACUGAGGUUGGAAACAUAAAAAAGACACUGAAAGCCACAUCGGCUGAUAUUGACGAUCAACAUAUGAGCACAGACUCUAGGGAAGUUGAACCACAACCCCAAAAAGCAACAAAGAAGACGUCUAAAGUGAAAGGACUUCGAGGAAGUGGAAAAUUUUGGCAGAAAUCAUCGCAGAGUUGAAAAAAAUAUAUAUAUCGGUACUUUUAGGAACCCUGCAAACUUGAUAAUGGAGGGAAGACAAGGGGGGGGGGGGCAUCGCUUUAUUUUGUACAUGCUAAUUUCAUGUAGUAUUUGCCAGUCACUUUCUUGAUUUUUCUUGUUUAGAUUAUGUUAGCUAUGUUGUCAAUCUGAAACUAAACAUUCUCAAAAUAUAACUCUUUUCAUGUAAUUCUUCCAGCCAGUAAUUGAGAGUACGACUCUUAAACAAGUAUGCUGUAUUACAUACAGGUUCCACACAACUUGUUGUGCAGUGACUUUGUGUGCUACAACACACCUCAAAACAAAUUGAUAGCAGUAACAUGCAAACAAUAUAUACAUUAAGUUCAUUUAUUGCGAC